UUUACCGAUUUUCCUUCACCUCCACAUUGCCUUCGCAAUCUCUCAGAACUCCUCCGCAUCCAGUAGGCCCCGGGUCACCCCUACGUGAUCCAUCGCCAGCGUCCGCUAACAGUUGCACUUCUCAUUCAACUUAACUUCGAGCCUUCAAGAAUGGCAUUUUUUUUCUUCAUAUUGCAGAUCAGGCUGUUUAUCCGUUAGCAGUGAUGUUUCUCCAGAUGAUAAAUUUUGUCAGCCUGAAUAUUGAACGUAACAUAUGAAUCACUCAGUGUCGUCGUUUGUUGGAAAUUUGAGUUCAUGGGCAAUAGCUUUGAGAAAUGUCUCCUCUCCUCGGAAAGCCCUACAUUUCUACUCUCAAAUGCACCGCAAUGGGGUCCCUUUUGAUAGCUUCUGCAUUCUCUUCACCUUAAAAUCUUGUACUCCUCUGCAGGACGCCGCCAUCACUCGUCACCUUCAUGCCCAUAUCGUCAAGCUUGGCUUUAGCUCUCACGUUUAUGUGGCAACAUCUCUUCUGAACGCCUAUAUCGCCGCUUCCUUCGCGGAUGCUUGCCUAUUGUUCGACGAAAUGCCCGAGAAAAAUACAAUAUCGUGGAACACGAUGAUAACUGGAUAUUCAAGGCGAAGGGAUAUCCAAGGAGCACGGUCAGUUUUCGAGAAAAUACCGCACAGGGACGUGGCCUCGUGGUCUGCCAUGAUUGCUGCUUACACGAAUAAUGGAUAUUAUGAACAAGGUUUAUCACACUUUCGACGUAUGGUGGGGCAUGAGAGAGUUAAACCGGAUAAAAUAACUACUACAUCAGUUUUAUCAGUCUGUACCCACAUGGGCUCUCUUGGAUUAUUAGCCGGAAAAUCUGUUCAUGGUUUCAUGAUGAAGAAUGGAUGGGACUUGAGUGUGGUAUCGGGUACCGUCCUAGUUAGCAUGUACGCUAAAUGUGGGUGUUUGAAAUUUGCUUCCCAUGUUUUUGCGCUGAUGCAGGAAAGAAAUGUCAUAUCUUGGACUUCACUGAUCUGCGGCUUCGCUCAACAUGGGUACAGCGAAGUAGCUUUAGCCAUAUUUGAGAAGAUGCAGCUAGCGGGAAUCAAACCCAAUGAACUGACUUUUACAGGUGUGCUCAGUGCUUGUGUUCACGCUGGUUUAGUCACGGAGGGACAUGAGUAUUUCAAGAUGAUCCAGAGGUGCGGGCUAGAACCAAGGAUUCAACAUUAUGGAUGCGUGGUUGAUUUGCUUGGGAAAGCAGGGAAGCUAGAGGAAGCUUACGAGAUAAUCAAAUCAAUGAAGCUUGAACCAAACAUUGUUGUAUGGGGAUCUUUCUUGUCGGCUUGCAAGGAGCAUGGGCAAUUUGAGAUGGCUGAGAGAGUGAUUGGGCAGGUCUUGAGGAUGGUGAGACCUGAAAAUGAUGGAGGGAUGUAUACGCUCAUAUCCGAUUUGUAUGUUUUGAGGCACAAGUGGGAAGAGGCUGAAAGGCUGAGGCAAUUGAUGAUUGAUGCCAACGUGAGAAAGGCCAGGGGCUCCAGUUUUGUCCGAACUUGAAAUUUACGAAUAUACCAUUGAAAAAUAAAAUAUAUAUAAUUAUUUGUUCAUAUACUUUUACUCUUUUAUUUGAUAUUAGUUUCUAUAUUUUUUUCAUUAUUCUAAGUUUCUUAAAUUUUAUUUGUUGUAACGUUAAUUCUUAUUAUCAUUGACAGAAUUGGACAUGCUGAUGUGUAUAUAAUUCUAUUGAUUUUA